CAUACAAGUCGGCCAUAUUAGAGAGAUGGAAAUAAAGCUUCCUUAAUGUUGUAUAUGUCUUUGAAGUACAUCCGUGCAUUUUCUUUUUUAGCAUCUAACCAUUCCUCCCCUGUAGUCCUUGGUCCCUCAAAUCACCCUCUCCCAUAGCCCACCCGCCUGACAUCUCAGUCUCUGAAAAUGCACAGGGAUGCCUGGCUACCUCGCCCUGCCUUCAGUCUCACGGGGCUCAGUCUCUUUUUCACUUUGGUGCCACCAGGGCAGAGCAUGGAAGUCACAGUCCCUACCGUCCUGAAUAUUCUCAAUGGAUCUGAUGCCCGCCUGUCCUGCACCUUCAACUCCUGCUACACCGUGAACCACAAACAGUUCUCCCUGAACUGGACCUACCAGGAGUGUAACAACUGCUCGGAGGAGAUGUUCCUCCAGUUCCGCAUGAAGAUCAUUAACCUGAAGCUAGAGAGGUUCCGAGACCGUGUGGAGUUCUCAGGGAACCCCAGCAAGUACGAUGUGUCAGUGACGCUGAAAAAUGUGCAACUUGAGGACGAGGGCUUCUACAACUGCUACAUCACGAACCCACCUGACCGCCACCGCGGCCACGGCAGGAUCCAGCUGCAGGUCCUCUUGGAAGAGCCUCCGGAGCGGGACUCCACGGUCGCGGUGAUCGUGGGGGCCUCCGUAGGGGGGUUCCUGGCUGUGGUCAUCUUAGUGCUGAUGGUGGUCAAGUGCGUGAGGAGGAAAAAGGAGCAAAAACUCAGCACCGAUGACCUGAAGACCGAGGAGGACGGCAAGACGGAUGGCGAGGGCAACGCGGAUGACGGCGCCAAGUAACGGGCAGCCGCCCUGCAGCCCCUCCCCGCGUCCUGUCUCCUCCCACCUCUGCCCUGUACAGCGUGACCCUGCCUGCCCUCUUGGUGUGCUUUUCUUGAGCAGGACCCCAGGGUUGACCUGGGGCCUCCUGAACCCCUCACUUCCUACCCCACCACCCUGCACCAGGGGUGACCCACCUCUCUUCCAUCUGAGAACCUGCCGUGGCGUCUGGGAUGUGUGGGCCCGGGGGAGAGGACAGAAGGGGCUCCAACCUGCCAGUCUCUGCGAGGAGGCAGGAGGCCUGUGAGGUCCCACCGAGGAUGGGGGAGGUGGGCAGUGGUGGUACAGCCGGGGCCUGGUCUGGCAAUGGCUUCAGAGAGGGACUGAGGGGAGGGCGGGCUCUCCUGUGUUGAGCAGCCUUCUUGAGAAGGCUUGGGCUGUGGCCUCCGGCUGCUCAAGCCCAGAGCAACCCGUCAGGCUGGGGGUGAGGAUGGAGUCCUGUUGUUGUGUGAGGGAUCAUGUGACAGGGAUGAUUGUGCAUUUCUGAAGGAAAGCAGGGCUGGACAAACCUGGACUCAGCCUUGGCCCAGGGAGCUGGUGCUGGCCCUGGUUUCCAUCACUAGCUGCUCCCCUAGGAGGCACCGGGUGUGUGGUUGGCUACUGAUCCCUUGGGGAUGUGGGUGAGGACAGUACCGGAAAAGCAGCUCCAGGAAGGGCUGUGCACCACCCUAGGGACCACCAUCGUUGGCUGAGGGACUGAGAGGUGGGGUUCCAUUGUGAAUGAGGUUGGCAGCAGAGUGCCUGCUCCAACAGGGCCACUGUCCUCUCCUGAGCCAGGAGUAGCAGAGGCUCAGAUACAAGGAGAAGGUACGUGUAGGAGGGCAGCUUGCUUUAGGGUUGUCCCCAAUAGGGUUUCCAUCUAGCUUUUGGCAAGAGGAAGGAAGGGAAGGCUGGAGGGACGUGUGAGAGGAGGCCAUGGAGCCAUAGAGCCCUGUGGCCUGCCUGGUCCAUCUGGAGCCUUGUUCCUGCAGCCCCAGCAGCUCCUUUUGUGGGAAAGAAAGUAGCAUUAGUGGGAAGCCAACUUUCACUGCCAUUUACUCACCUUACAGUGGAAUGGUUUGGGCCUGCAGAGAGGGAGUAAGCCAGGGACAAAAACUGCUGACUCAGAGAAUAUGACUUUGAAAGACUCUCAGAGGUCAACUAACUAAAUCCCUCGAAUGGGGAAACUGAGGUUUCAGGUGACAGAAACUGAGGGUCCUGCCCCCUUCUCUGGCCCCUUGGUUUCCAGUUUGAGUCCACAGAGCCAUAGUUUUCCUGGAGGUGGAGCUUCUGGGGCCUGGUAGGGGGUAGGGACAUUCAUCCUUCUCCUUUCCCAGAAGCUCAGCCCGUCCUGCUCAGGGAGUUAGGUGUCCAGGGCAGGGAAUGAGUCUGGGGAAAGGGGGUGGAGAUGGCAUCAUGACAGUCUCAGGGAUCAAUCCCUGCCUCUGCCCAUGAGAUGGUCCAUUUGGGGAGAGGGAAAUAGCAUAUGGGAGAUUCAGCUUAAUUCACUUCAACAACCAUUUAUUAAGCAUCUGCUCUGUGCCAGGCACCAUGUGGGGUGCCAGGGGCACACACAAAGCCAUAACAGAGUUGGGGACUGCCAGGUCAGCAUUGUAGGACCAACAUUAAUUUUUUGGUGCAUCUACUUCCACCUCUGUAGCCACUUCUUCUAGAACUAGAGUUAGGGGAGAAGGAAGGGAUUUGAGAAUCUGGGCCUUGGGAAGGGAAGAGGGAAGGUAGAGCUGAGACAAGAGUACAGAGGCCAGGGAGAGUGGGCACAGGACGAGGGACAGGUAAAUAGCCAGAGAACUCCUGGGUGAGUCCAGCCCUUCUGGAAAUUCUCAAUUCAUUAGCUCAGUACCUAACUGCCAAUCAACACACUGCCAAUGGGGGCGGGGAGCCACACCACCAGGAUGCCUGGAGCAGGUGAUGCCGCCCAUCCUUCAAGCCACCCAGCUGGGAAUGGAAAGGGUGGUGGGCACCUCAGCCAACUGAGACCAAGGGUGGUGGGAUAUACUUCUGCAGCUUGCAGAUAUAAUCUUUGGGUCGUCUAGUACAUGUCCCCUUGUCCCAGGAUAUGAGGAUCUGCUCCAAUGCUGGGAACUUUUCUUUUUCCAGGACUCAUAACAUUUAGGCAGAUUGUUUGCAAGAUUCCUUAGGUUCAUUAAAAAAGUCCUAACUCUCCUUUAAAAAGCCCAAGACUCCCAGGAUCUUUUCCUUCUUUUUCCUGACAGUGUGGGACCCAGGGAAAGCAAUGCCUGUCCGUGGGCCCAGGGGCCCAAGCAGGUGGGGCUGGGUCAGGAGCCAGCUCUGUCCUAGGAGCUGGCCCUCAUAUGCUCUUAGACUUUCCUCCGGGGGGUCUCUGAACUGCCUCCCCCAGGCAGUGAGGUUGGGAGCAAACUGGGGCUUCUGUGAGUCGAGGUGGGGAACCGGUGAGAUGUUUCCACAGCAGCUGAAACUCUGCCCUGCUUCCUAGGUUAGGCCAGCGAGCUGGUCCUCUCCCUGCAGUACACUAGCUCCACUUCUGGCUGCAUGUUCCCACCACUGCACUCUGCUGGUUUCAGUCUGCUGGCUUCUCAGCCUCCCCUGCCUCUUCUGCUCUCUCACACCUCCCCCCCUCUGUCUCUCCCUCCUAAUUAAGGGCCACUGCAAAGAGACUGGGCUGGCUAACUCAUGGGAUUUAGCUUGUAAGAACAAAGCACAAUUUUUCAGGACUGAAAUGCCUUGAGGUGCCUUGGAACUGGCUUUGGAAAUAGCUAUCUGCCCCUCUAGCUAUGGACUCAUCACAGUUAUUCCCAAUUGACAAGAAGGAGAAGUUGAUUUGAUCCACAUUUCUCUCUGUGAGUCUCCUUGGAGGAGUUGGGCUGGUAAAUAUUGACAAGGUUAGGUUAAGCAGAUUCAUAAUUGGAAAUACUGGUCAGGUCCAAAAAGGUAGUCCCAGGUCAUAGGAAAUUGGAAUGGGUGAUUGAAUCAAGAAAUCUUCCUUCCUACUUGUGUCUUAAGGAAAGACAGCCUGUGUCCCUUGUUGUGCCUCUUGCUGAUGUCUUCCUUUACUGAAGCUUGCUGAUGCAUUUGUACAUAGCCUCUCUGUAUAGGUAUAGAUAUAUUAUAUAUACUAAUAUAAAACAUCUCACGACACCCACCCCCAAACUUACAUUGCGGGGAGAGGGUGUAUUCACUUCUCAAUGUUUUGAGUUGAUUCACCAAAGGCAAAUUAUGGAAUGUUCUUAUUGCUUUUUGUGCACUUGGAGGGGGAAACCUGGCUGCAUAAGUAGUACUUAUGCACCUCUAGGGUUUACGUACUGCUUGCUGCGUGGUGGUUGGGAGGGGAGAGAAGUCUAAAUGGUCCUCUGGGACCCGACUGCAGGGAUGUUUCUGCUUCUGGGAGCAGACUGAGUUUCUUUGGCAGUUUGACUGAUUGCUUGGAUCUGUUGGCUACAAUAAACACACUG